UAGAAUUGCGCAGCUGCUGAACAGCAGCUUGUGGCCCUGAGCAUUUUCGGGCGUCUCAGACUUCAGUCAAAGAGCUAUGGGCACCAUAGUGAACUGUGGACUCAGUUGCAGCAGCAGGGCGUCGCAGUGCUGGAGCUGGACAGCGAUGAGCCGUUCUCGGCUUCCGCGAGCGCGCUGGAGACCUGCGCCGACUUCCUUGGGGCAAUCCGGCCCAUGGGUCCGGCCCGGCGCCCUGACGUGGGGCUCCGGCCGCUCUCGCACGCAGCACGCCGCGUUGCAGAAGGCCUCCUCCCGCGCCGACCGGCUGUGUCGCGGCCUGCUGUGCGCGCUGUGUCGCAGCCCCGGCCUGGACGUCCACUCGGGCCGUGUGCUGGGCCUGCUGGAUGACGCGCCGCUGCUGGGCCAGGCCAGCGCCAGCCUGCUGCGCUGCGCCCGCUACAGCCCCGACCCGCACGCCGCACAGCUGCUGGCCUUCGCGCCGCACCACGACCGCGGCGUGCUCACGCUGGUGGCCAGCGCGCAGGAGCAGGGGCUGCAGGUGCGGCUGCCACAGCAGGGACAGGGGGCGGGCGCUGCGGCUGGUGCGUGGGUGGACGUGCCGCUGGGCCCUGGCCGCGUGGCAGUGCUGUGCGGCUACAGCCUGUCGUACGCCCUUGGCGGGCUGCUACAGCCGGCGCUGCACCGCGUGCGGCCUGUGGCUGUAGCUGGCGGUGGCGGUGCGGCUGGCGGAUCAGCUGCUACUGCCGGCAGCGGCCGUGUGAGCCUGGCGUAUGAGCUGUGCGUCCGGCCCAACGCGUUUGUGGACCCAGCCGCCGUCACCCAGGGGGCGGCGGAGCAGCUGCCGGCGGCGGCGGCAGCGGCGGCUGGAGAGGGCGGCGCCGCAAGCAGGCUUGCGCUGCUGACGUCCGCGCUGAUGGAGCGCUUUGAGGCCACUCACCCGGUGUCCAUCAACGGCGGCGUCCUUGUGAAGCAGGAGCCAGCAACAGUGGAGGCAGCGGACCUGCUACACUGGCUGGUCGGGCAUGCGCUGCUGCCUGACAUUCAACCCGCGCCAGCCGCUGCUAACACAACUGCACCACCCUCGACCACCCUCGAGGCAUACACACGCAUCAAUAUGCCCUAACCCGUCACCUCCGCCACACUGAGGCUAGACCAUCACUAAAACAACGGGAAACCGCGUCUGGCGCGUCUGGACCGCGUCUGGCCAGUGAGAUGCGGUGCCAGACGCGCCGUAACGCUGCGCGUUAAGGGGGAAACGCGGGGGAGUGAGACGCGAUGGGGACGCGGCCAGAAACAGUGAAGCGGGGCACCAUUGCAGGUAGAUAGCGCGUUUCACUGCGUCUAUGAGACGCGAUGUAACACGAGUCGCAA